UGUUUUAAAUCCUCGUCACUUCUGACGAUCUCUCUCGUCUAGCUCGCUCUGAUCUUCAUUAGCGUCAAACGUAUAAGUAAUUUCUCACUCUCCCGAGCAGCAGCAGCAGCUAGCAAGAGUACGGCCAUCUCGCUCUCUCUCUCUCUCUCUCUCUCUCUCAAAUGGCACCAAAAAAUGAUGGAUCAGCUAAGAAAGUAGUAACGAGCAAAGGAGCAUGGACGGCAGAGGAAGAUCAAAAACUGUCACAGUACAUUGAAAUCCAUGGUGCAAAGAGGUGGAAAACAGUUGCAGUCAAAGCAGGUUUGAAUCGAUGCGGGAAGAGUUGCAGACUGAGAUGGCUGAAUUAUCUGAGACCCAACAUCAAAAGAGGCAACAUCUCAGAUGCAGAAGAGGACUUGAUACUUAGGCUGCAUAAGCUACUGGGAAACAGGUGGGCUCUGAUUGCUGGUAGACUUCCGGGACGAACAGACAACGAGAUAAAGAAUUAUUGGAAUUCUCAUUUGAGCAAAAAAAUCAAUAAGGAGAAACCAAUAAUGGAGACUUCAAUGGAAAAAGAGAUUGUGCCUGAGAAACCAUCAUGUCAUGUCAUCCCUCAUGUAGACGCGGAGGGUACUGUUAAAUUAGGAAUUACUGGAAAUUCAGAAGCCAAUCUUGAUGUCAACGAGUUCUUUGACUUCACCACUGAAUUAGGAUCCUGUGGAUUGGAGUGGGUGAACAAGUUCCUUGAACUUGACGAGGAUUCAUGGCUCAUUGAGAAAAGGUGACCAGUACUAUAUGUAAUAAAUUAAUGUUUUCUCCUUCAAAAUAAACUCCAUUAUUGAAAGAAA